AUGGGGAGCCCCACAGAGCCGCUGAGCGCGCUGGGUCGCUGGUACCUGUACGCCCUGCACGGCUACCUGGCGGAGGUGCUGUUCACGGCCACCUGGGACUUCGCCGCGGCGCGGGACUGGCGCUUCCAUGGGGGCAGCAGCGCCUGGGCGCCCUUCAUCUACGGCACCUGCGGGCUUAUCCUGGAGCGCCUCUACCUGCGCCUGCGGGGCCGCUGCCGGCUGCCCACGCGCGGUGCGCUCUACACCGUCUGCAUCUACCUGUGGGAGUUUGCCACGGGCGCGCUGCUGCGGCACUUUGGCGCCUGCCCGUGGGACUACAGCCACUUCACCUACAACUUCAUGGGGCUGGUCACGCUCGAGUACGCCCCCUUCUGGUUCGUGGGCUCCAUCCUGCUGGAGACGCUGGUCAUCCGCACCACCCUGCGGCUCCGGGUAGAUGGCGCCGCGAAUCCCCUCCGGCCCCGCGCCGCUUUUGCGCUCAAGGAGGAUUGA